GUCUUUUUAUUAAUUUUUUGUUCUCAUUAUUUGUGAAUGUGGAAUAGAAUGACUUUAAAUAUAAAUGAUAUAUUUUAUUGUGCUAGCGAAAGUGGAGAAUAAGUUGUUAUUGUAAUUUCCAAAAGUUUUUUGACUCUUUCUGGAAUUGCCAAGUUUACGUACUUUGUCAUGCCAAACUUUAUUUUAAAUUCAUAAUAUUUCUAUAUUUAUAUCAAAUUGAGGCAAGAUCGGAAAUGUAUAUUCAGUAAAUUAUAAGAAUCAUGUGUGAAAAUGAAAACAGUGAAACUAUUUACAUAUGGAAAGUGGGCGAUGUCGCCAUAGCUUGGUUAUCCAAGAAAACUUACGCAAAAGUUACAGUGGUGAAGGACAACCGUGGUCGAUUUCAUGGUGAUAAAGUUUUAGGUGUAACAGUGGGAAAGGAUGGCUCAUCUGAUAAAUUGAAGUGGAAGAAAGAGUUGUGCUACCAUGUUGAGACGUACUGUACAAAACAGAAGCUUUGGGUGCCAUGGACUGCUCUUCGUCUUGCAGAGAGGUGCCGACCAUUCUAUGGGCCUAACAGAGUGGUCAAACCGAAGGGUGUUGGUACUAAGACGAGCCCGGGGAUUGUGAAGAAGGUCACAAAGGUAGAUCCCCUGCUGCCCUUCAACGUGAAGCCAGAUCACUAUAAAACGCCCGACUUCAACGCCAAAUAUGACCAGUCCCACCAGCCCCUCGAGCAGGGCAAACAUGGAAACUCUUUUAGAGAGUUUGUGCGAAGGGGAAAGGAAAUGUUCUUCGAUACAUAUUACAAGGUGCUGCUGAAAGAGCAAACUACUGAGAGUCGAGAUACACUUGACUAUCUCCUGCGAGUGGACGCCAGUACGGAGGAUAAGUUCGACUUGGUCAUCAAGAAUAUAAUGACGGAGCGAGAGAUAGAAGAUUAUCUGCACCAAUGCUGGAGGUACAACUACGUGCACAAACGACUUCCGGUGACUGCUGAAAAUGAGACAGGAGUGCAUGCACCAGUUCGAAAAGUGUCUCCCAUAUCGUGGUGCCUCGUGUGCGGCGGCGGCGGUAGCGAGGGCAAGCGCCGUCGCCUCGAGUGUCCGCGCUGUCCCGCCUCUUACCACCUCGCCUGUCGGAAGGAAUGGCUCGUCAAAAUCAUACAUCGGAAGAACCCUCCGAAGAAGCAGCCACAAGAAGAGGCUCUUACCAUCUCCAAGGUGUUGUCCAGUACUCGGACCCUGACCUCCAGUCCCUUGGUCCCGGCGCAGCUGCCCUGCCCGAGUUGCAUGUGGGGACCCAAACCGGGGUACGACGACGUGGUGUGGCACAAGCUGGGCUCGUGCGCGUGGUGGCCGGCGCGCGUGCUGGCGCCCGGCGACGCGCCCGCGCGCCUGCUGGCGCGGCAACACACCGCGAGGGACUACCCGCUGCGGUACUACGGUACGCUGAACCAUUCCUGGGCUCGCAGCAGUCAGAUGGUGUUGUUCCUGCCCUCGCACGAGUCGCACGCGACUCGGACCGGCGACUCCGUGUUGAAACAAGCCAUCAUGGACGCCGCCGACGACUAUAUCUCCGUCUACCUAACUUAGUGGUCAUUAAGAGCCCAUCAACAAAUACAAUACAUUGUCACCCGACUUACAUAAUUAUGUAUGCAAAUUUUCAGCUUCAGCUUCAAUGGAAGUUGGGAAGUGGGUCAAAUUUAACAUACAUAGUAUGUACCGGUCAAAUCUAAGUAAAUAACGCAUGAGCAUUUUCAAUAUCUUUAUAAUUUUAUAUAAUAUAGCGAACACGCCCAAUGCCCAUGCUAGCGAAGCCACCAUGAUAGCCGUACUUUCAUAGCAUAUAAAGGUAGUAUUACUCAUUUUAAGCCUGCGAUCGCCGAAACAGUAUUUUAAUUUAGAAAAUGUCUGUGUUGUGUAGAUGAAUCCUAAAGCACGAUUAGGAGUUAUUGUUUUAUAUAAAUAUUUUAAUUUAAAUGGUUGAAUAAAAUAAAAUACUAAAUAGAAUAUUUUGUUAAUAUUGUGUCGUUUACCUAUCAAAUAGGUCAGCACUUUAUUUCAUAUCCUUAAAGGAUUUGAGGUAAUCCCUUUAUCUGAAGACGCGAUAAAAAAACUAUGUCCGUUAAAAAAACAUUUAAAUUGCAAUCAAUCAUUUGACACAUCAUUUUAUCUUUUUACGUUGACUACAAAAUAAAUGUUGAUUAGAUAUGUAGGUAGAUCAGUUUU